GGAAGUGAUGUGACUCUGUGUGAUGGGUCUGUUUCAGCCCAGCCCAGUGGGGAGGCAGCAGCCCAGCAGGGGGGCUACGAGGUCCCCAAUCGUCUCAGGACGCUGCACAACCUGGUGAUCCAGUACGCCUCCCAGGGCCGGUACGAAGUGGCCGUGCCUCUCUGCAAGCAGGCCUUGGAGGAUCUGGAGAAGUCGUCCGGACACGACCACCCCGACGUGGCCACCAUGCUCAACAUCCUGGCCUUGGUGUACAGGGACCAAAACAAAUAUAAAGAAGCAACUCACCUUCUGAAUGACGCCCUAGCUAUCAGAGAGAAAACCCUGGGCAAGGACCACCCAGCUGUGGCUGCAACCCUCAACAACCUGGCUGUGCUGUUCGGCAAGAGGGGCAAAUACAAAGAGGCCGAGCCCCUCUGCAAGAGGGCCCUGGGGAUCAGGGAGAAGGUGCUGGGCAGAUCUCAUCCGGAUGUAGCCAAGCAGCUGAACAACCUGGCCCUGCUGUGCCUGAACCAGGCCAAGUACGACGAGGUGGAGUACUACUACAAACGGGCCCUGGAGAUCUUUGAGUCCAAACUGGGAGCCGAUGACCCCAGUGUAGCCAGGACCAAAAAUAACCUGGCCACAUGCUACCUGAAGCAGGGCAAGUUUAAAGAUGCAGAGGCUCUGUACAAAGAGAUCCUGACCAGAGCUCAUGAGAAGGAGUUUGGAUCUGUCAACAAUGAUAACAAGCCCAUCUGGAUGCAUGCAGAGGAGAGGGAAGAGAGCAAGAGUAAACAGAAGGACUCUGGGCCGUAUGUGGAAUAUGGCAGCUGGUACAAGGCCUGCAAGGUGGACAGUCCCACUGUGAACACGACCCUGAAAAGCUUGGGAGCGUUGUACCGUCGCCAGGGGAAGCUGGAGGCAGCAGAGACGCUUGAGGAGUGUGCCAGCAAGUCACGCAAACAGGGAAUUGAUGCCAUAAAUCAGAGUAAGGUGGUGGAGCUGCUGAAGGACGGACCAGGGGGAGGGGCCAACAGGCGGCAUAGCAGAGACGGACCAGGGGGACGAGGAGACGGCGAGGGCGACGACGCUGCCGAGUGGAACGGGGAAGGAAACGGGUCUCUGCGUCGCAGCGGCUCCUUUGGAAAGAUCCGUGAUGCUCUGAGGAGGAGCAGUGAGAUGCUGGUGAAGAAGCUGCAGGGCAGCGGACCUCAGGAACCCCGAAACCCAGGAAUGAAAAGAGCGAGCUCCCUGAACUUCCUGAACAAGAGCAACGAGGAAACCACACAGGAUGCCAACUCCGGCCUCUCAGACAGCAGGGGGCUAAGCGCCAGCAACGUGGACCUAACCAGACGCAACUCCCUGAUUGGUUAGACACGCAGCCUAGAGGUGGGACAGA